CAUUGUGCGACGUCAAUAAAGCGCGCUCGGUUUAAAAUAGACAUACUGGUUGUUUUUACUUAUGUGUGUUUGAGUGUAAACUUUUAAACUCAGUCAUGUUGAAGAAAGCACCGAGAGCAGUCUUAAAAUCUCAUAUGAAAAAGAAAUCGGAUAUACGUAUUGGGAAAAACGCAGACUUGAUGGUCCAGCUGAAUCUGCUGCUUGUCCUACAUCGACUAGCAGAAGAGUCCAGAAUCAAGGCCUUUGAGGAGAAAACCGCUACUAUCAAAGUUCACCAUGUUAAAGCUGUUGCAAAGAAAUUGUUGAAGAGCACACGAGGAUGAGGUGAAACAGAUUGCUUUCUCUGUGAGCCUGAAGCUGCGCAGAGCCCAGGUAUCAAGUGCGCUCCAGACUCAACCUCUUACUGGGGCCACGACACAUGAGUCAUGCCAUGAGUCAACAUGCGCUUACCAUUUGCUCAUCUUUACUUUAGGACCUUCUUCAUAUUUUUUUUAUUUAUAUAUAUAUAUAUAUAUAUAUAUAUAUAUAUA